AUGACUGAAUUAUUAAAAGUUUAUUUAUUACCUACACAAUUUCGAACGUGUUUUUUUUAUCGAAAUAGUUUAAAAAAUCACGUAACAAAUAAUGGUGAAGUUUGGGGAGUAGAAAUAAAAUUUGGAAAAAAUUAUGAAUCGACAAUAUUUGGUUCUAUAAGUCUUCAAAUCGUUGGAGAAAUACCUGACAAUUGUAUUGGAAUUCCUAAUUCAUUUGCUAAUAAAAUAGGAAUUAAACAAGAUGAUAGUAUAUUAUUAAAAAAUUGUUUGCCUUUUGCCAUAGAGUCCUUAGAAAUAACACCAAUAAUUGAGCUGCCAAAAUCUAUUGGAAGAAAAUUUAUUGAAUCAAAUUAG